AUGUUUAGGGCGACUACUUGCACCACUACACCGCGGUUGUUCGAUGAAGAAGAAGUUACUAAACAUGCUAAGAAAAAGGUGAGGGUUUUCGAUAAUAAUUUAGAAGAAAAUCUUAUUCAAAUCGGAAUUACGAGUAAUAAAGUCUUACCUAAACAAUUUGCAUUAGCAAAAAUAUUGCGAGAGAACCAAAUCGUGAAUGUCAGUAAGGUUAAAUACAUAAAUCCGUAUAAAAUUCGAAUAACAUUUGAUACAGAAUUUAGUGCUGAAAAUUUUUUAGCAUGUCAAGUAUUUAAAGAUUUAGGAUGGCGAUGUCAAAAAUCAUGGGAAGUAGGAAUAUCAUAUGGAAUUAUUAAAAAUAUAGACAAAGAACUGUCAGAAGAAGAAUUAAUUCAUAGUUUACUUUGUGAUAUUGAAGUUUUAGCCGUACAACGUUUGAAUCGUCGAGCAGACGAUGGUUGGGUCCCUAGUGAAACCAUUAAACUAACGUUUAAAGGGCCGAAUAUACCGAAGUAUGUAUAUCUUCUAGAUCUGAGAAUUAAAGUAGAACAAUAUAUAUUUCCAGUCACUCAGUGUUCUCGUUGCUGGAGGUUUGGACAUACAGCAAAAAUGUGUCCAUCCAACAAAAUAAUUUGCCCUAAGUGUACAAGAAAUCAUCCAAAUUGUGAGAAUAAUAAUUUUAUAUGCAUUAAUUGUAAGGGUAAUCAUAUGCCCUUGGAUAAAAUUUGUCCUAUAUUUAAAAAAGAGAAAAAGAUUCGAGAAAUAAUGACAGAAUUCAACUGUUCAUAUUUGAAAGCUAUUAGUAUGUAUGUCCCCCAGUCCCCAAUUUUGCCAACCACCAACGUAGCUUGCUGUGAAUCAAAACCUACGACAAAGCAUGUUUACGCUCCAACAAGCACAGUACCAGUAAUUUAUCCUGAAAUUGAAUCUGUUGAUCAGGAAAUCCCUCAAACUUCUGGGACACAAAACACAAUGAACAAGAAGAAAAAGAAGAAAAAACGUAUUAAAUGUGCUGAAAAUGUAUAUGCAGACAUAGAAGUAGCCUCUGAUUCUGAUAAUAGUGUUAAAAGUGAUUACUGUAUUAAUAAUGAUAGUGAGGAGAAUGUAACGAAGGAAAAUAUAAAUUUGCACCGUGAAUUGAUUGAUAAACUUAAAAGUGUAAUAUUUGAAAAGAAUAUAAUGACAUUCGGACAACACAGAGAGAUUGGGAAUAUUUGUUUUCUUUAG